AUGCAUGGCGGCUGCUCUGGCCUCACCUCCCUACGAAUCCAGCACUCUCAUGUGAUUGAUACCUUUACGCUCUGGGAUUAUUUUGGACAGAAAUUCGAAGGUGGUCGAGGCUUGAGGGACCUGACCAAGAUAUGCACUGGUAGAAACAUUCAGAUGGGACAUGGUCACGACAGCUUGGAAGAUGCUCUGGCCACUCGUGAGCUAGCCAUUAGCUUCAUGGACAUAAUUCCCGAUGCGUAA